AUGGCCAGGGCGUCCAAGAGGCUCCGUCUUGAGCCGACUCUUAAUUCUGACUCAGAGGACAACGCCGAUGAGACUCAUGCAGAGGAUGUUGUCAACACCUCUCCUGUCCAACCCCAGAACACGGGGUGGGUUAUAGAAGCCUGGAACUGCAACGCCAGCGCCGAUGUCGAUGCUCGCAACGCCCUCGGCAUAGAGCUGAUGUACGUCGCGGCGCGCCAGAUUGGCCGUUGCAGUACGGAGUACCCCGACCAGGUGCGCGCCCUCACCUACGCUGUCCUAUUCCGGGACGUUGAUCCUGAGGACCCCCCCCACAACUCGGCUAAGUCGUAUAGUGACGACGUCAAGGCGCACACUGUCUCCCUCCUUUGGAUUUCCUACUUCCCCGGCAUCAAGGAGCACCUCGACUACUUGGCAGUAACCCCCGCGUUGAUCCUCCACCUCGGCCAAUAUGUUAGUGCCAUUGCGGGGAAAGUCCGCAGCGAUGACCUGGGCAGGUUGAACAAUCAUAUCAUAUCUUACUCGCAGCUCGAGGACCCAAACAACAUUCUCAAGCGCCACUCCAACUGUGGCUUUGAAGACUCUCGGACAGGACGACUUCUGUGCCCUGUCCGCCAUCUCGAGCGGUUCGAAGCUGAUCCGGCCCGUGCCUGUUCGCUUUUUCGAAACCAUUUAGUCAAAAUCACUUCGUAUGACUUCCCUUCAUUCAUGACUGAUGUGUCUAAGAUGGACGCCGAGGAUCUUGAGGCCGGUUUUCUGCGCGGCCCACUUCUCGUCACUUACUACAAGGCCAUCUUUUGCGGCCGUUCCUCAGUCUUUGGUCUCGUGCCCUCCCGGGGCCAGCAGUCUGUUGCUGCUAAGUAUAAGAUGUCAAAGGUCAACAUGCAUAGUAUUGUAUAUGUUGCGCUCCUGGCUCGGAGCGCCCUGAGCUCUGAAAGUGUAUGGAGUGACGUCGACAGCAAGCGCUGGGAAGCGCCGGUGUUCCUCGAGGCCAUCAUGGACCUGGCGCACAAGUCUCCGUCGUGGCACCAAGAGAUCCUCGCGUGGUGGAACAAACAAAUCUAUGAUACCGAAGAUAACGACGACUCCGACGCCGAACGGGAUUUGCAAGAGUCCGACUACUUCAAGAUGUUGGCCCGACGUGCCAACAAGAGCCCGACCCCGUCAGUGCCCCUGGAGUCGUCUUUGCCCGCCUCGGAGGGCGGCGCACUCGAGGCGCCCUUGGACAAUUGA